AUGACUCCUUUUUACUUCCUCCUAUUUGCCUUCAUCCUUUUCCUCUCCAUAAACUUCUUGAUCCAAACAAGAAGGUUCAAAAACCUUCCUCCGGGACCAUUUUCUUUCCCUAUAAUCGGAAACCUCCACCAACUCAAGCAACCCCUCCACCGCACGUUCCAUGCCUUAUCACAAAAAUAUGGCCCUAUUUUCUCCCUCUGGUUCGGCUCCCGUUUUGUCGUCGUCGUUUCGUCGCCGCUCGCGGUGCAAGAAUGCUUCACCAAGAACGACAUCGUCUUGGCCAACCGCCCUCACUUCCUCACCGGCAAGUAUAUAGGGUACAACAACACCACCGUCGCCGUUUCCCCCUACGGCGACCACUGGCGCAACCUCCGCCGCAUCAUGGCGCUCGAGGUUCUCUCCACCCACCGGAUAAACUCCUUCUUGGAAAAUCGGAGGGACGAGAUCAUGAGGCUCGUGCAAAAGCUUGCUCGGGACUCGCGCAAUGGCUUCACCAAAGUAGAACUUAAAUCCAGGUUUUCGGAGAUGACAUUUAACACUAUAAUGAGGAUGGUGUCAGGGAAGAGGUACUAUGGUGAAGACUGUGAUGUGAGUGAUGUACAGGAAGCAAGGCAAUUUAGAGAGAUCAUUAAAGAGUUGGUGACGUUAGGAGGGGCUAAUAACCCUGGGGACUUCUUGGCUUUGCUUAGGUGGUUUGAUUUUGAUGGUUUGGAGAAGAGACUAAAGAGGAUUAGUAAGAGAACCGAUGCGUUUUUACAAGGACUCAUUGAUCAGCAUCGUAAUGGAAAGCAUCGUGCCAAUACUAUGAUAGAUCAUCUUCUUGCUCAACAGCAAUCACAACCUGAAUAUUACACCGAUCAAAUCAUCAAAGGACUUGCACUGGUAAUGCUACUUGCAGGAACAGAUACAUCAGCAGUAACUUUAGAAUGGGCAAUGUCUAAUUUAUUAAACCAUCCAGAAAUAUUAAAGAAGGCAAAAAAUGAAUUAGACACUCAUAUAGGACAAGAUCGUCUAGUAGAUGAGCCUGACAUUCCAAAACUCCCUUACCUUCAAAGCAUUGUUUAUGAGACACUUCGUUUGCAUCCUGCUGCUCCAAUGUUGGUACCCCAUUUGUCUUCAGAAGAUUGCACCAUAGGAGAAUAUAAUAUCCCACAAAACACAAUUUUGUUGGUGAAUGCUUGGGCCAUUCAUAGAGAUCCCAAGUUGUGGAGUGACCCAACACACUUUAAGCCUGAGAGGUUUGAGAAUGAAAGUGAAGCAAACAAGUUACUUCCAUUUGGGUUAGGGAGGAGGGCUUGCCCUGGAGCUAACUUGGCUCAACGCACACUGAGCUUAACUCUGGCCUUAUUAAUCCAAUGUUUUGAGUGGAAAAGGACUACUAAAAAAGAAAUUGAUAUGACUGAAGGAAAGGGACUUACUGUGUCAAAAAAAUAUCCCUUAGAAGCUAUGUGCCAAGUGUGCCAAUCACUGACAGUUAAGGAUAUUUAUAACUUCUAGUGCUGUUAAAAGCAUAAACAUCUUAUAAUGUUUUUGAAGAACUUAUAUAUGUAAAAUAAAAUUUAUAGUAGUGCUUUAUUUAUUCAAUGUUUUGAGUGGAAACGAACUAGUAAGGAAGAAAUUGAUAUGACUGAAGGAAAAGGGAUCACUGUGCCAAGGAAAUUUCCUUUAGAAGCUAUGUGCCAAGUGUGUCAAUCACCAACAAUUUAAGGAUAUUUUGUAGCUAGUGUUGUUAAAGCACACACAUGUUGUAGUGUUCGAAGAAGAUAUAAAAAGGUAUAAAUAAAACAAAAUUAA